GCCAGGCGACCUCGCUCCCCCAGCUUAAUCGCUAUAGCUCCUCAGACGCGCACCCGGCGCCCUCGCUCUCUCGCUAGAGGUGUCAAAGAAACUACAUCUCCCGACAGGCAGCGUUGCCCUUUCCUUCCUCCCUCGCUCUCCCACUCCAGAUCCCUGGCAACGGCGUGACGUGAGGGGACCCGGAGCUGCGGUCAGUGCUAGCCUACUCGGCGCGCGGGCCGGAGCAGGGAGAAGGCAUCCGGAGCCCGCGCCCGCCGCCCUUCCCGCCCGGCCUCCUCCGCAGCCGCCGCAGCCCCGAGUACUAGGGACGGGCGCGCGCAUGGCCUCUGCGGGCGCGCGGAGGCUCCCGGCCCCGACGCGCGCGGCCGCCCGGAGCUGCUGCGGCUUCUCGCUCCGCCCGGGCACGCGCGCGGUCCCGCCCCCGCCCCCGGGCCCUCCGCGGCCGCCGCGGCCAAUGAGGUUUCUGAUUUCCUGUAACCUCUUCUUGCCUCGCGCUGCCCAGGUCUUGGCGGCUGAGGCUGGCCUACCUCCCAGUCGUUCCUUCAUGGGCUUUGCUGCUCCCUUCACCAACAAGAGGAAGGCUUACUCGGAGCGUAGGAUCAUGGGGUACUCAAUGCAGGAGAUGUAUGAGGUGGUGUCCAAUGUCCAGGAGUACCGAGAGUUUGUGCCGUGGUGUAAAAAGUCACUGGUAGUAUCCAGCCGUAAGGGUCACCUGAAAGCCCAGUUGGAGGUUGGGUUUCCACCUGUCUUGGAACGUUAUACCUCUGCGGUCUCCAUGGUCAAACCACACAUGGUCAAGGCGGUGUGCACUGAUGGCAAGCUCUUUAACCACUUAGAGACUAUUUGGAGAUUCAGCCCUGGUAUUCCUGCCUACCCUCGAACCUGCACUGUGGACUUCUCGAUUUCCUUUGAAUUUCGUUCUCUGCUGCACUCCCAGCUGGCGACCAUGUUUUUUGAUGAGGUUGUCAAACAGAAUGUUGCUGCCUUUGAGCGCCGGGCGGCCACUAAGUUUGGUCCAGAAACAGCCAUCCCCCGUGAAUUGAUGUUCCAUGAGGUGCACCAGACUUGAGACAAAGGAUUGUUCCCUUGCCUCCACCCCCUCUUCCCACCCAAUUUUUAUUUAUUUGUUUUGGCUCUUGCUCAGAGAGAGGUCUAAGUUUCACCUCUCGAUUCUUCCUAAACUGGCUGCAUGCUGGCUGGACAUGUGGGGAAGACAGCACAUGUGGGAGUGAGAUACACAGCAAAUGCCUUGUGCCCAUGGCUGCUUCACACCGAAUAAACCCAGAGCUGUAGUCUCUGGACCAGGUCAGGCGGAUAUAGUAGUAACUUCCUCACACAGAGGUACUGGCUGGCAAGUAACUUUGACCCCCGCUAAGAUUUCUCAGGAGAAGCGAAAGGCAACCUGCCUCAGCUUAGGAACAUGUCCAUGCUGUCUGACGGGUAGAAAGUGAGGAGCUGCUUCACACCAGUGCCACAGAGCAAAGGAGGAGGAAUUCCUUAAACAGUGUUGGGAUGUACCUUUUUCUUCCACGUGGCCUGAGUUUUUAUAAAACUUCAAUAAAUUGUGACAGUGUGAAUUUGCUUUUUUUGGUAUUGUUUCUCAGGGUAGGGGCGGGGGUAACAUAUAAGCAGAGUAGAAGUCACAGCUUCCUUUCCUGUGGGAAUGAAGGUGUAAGGCAGCCUCUUGGACACGGCAUCCCUGCUAACUAUAGUAGCACGCCCUGCAUGCCAGGACCUACUACCUACCUUCUUGCCUAUUUAUAGACUUUUUUCCAGAAGGCCAGCUGUAGCAGGACAGCCUUAGAUCUCCCAUAGUCUAAUGCCCCCAGGACCAGCCCUUAUUUUGGGAGGCCUCCUUAGGGAAAGUAGUAGGGAGAGGCACUAACUAUAAGCACCCUCUGUGUCUUAAGUCUGGAGCUAGCAGUCCUCCAUUUGUCCUUGUGCCUUUCACCCACUGGGCUAGACCAGCUCCUGGAUUAGUCAGGCAAAUACUUGUGAGGUCUCUAUAACAGAGAGGGAUGGGGGUUAAAGGUAAAGGACUCCCCAACCUUGGGAAAAAGACUGAACGUCUUUGGUAAGCAGCCUUCCCUCUGCAUGUCCAACUCGCCCACUAGUGCAGACCUUCCUACCAUAUUUCUUACCUCAUAAUGAUUCUUUCAGGCCUAUGUAAUAGC